GAGAAGUUGUGUAUUAUAGGCGAGACGAGAAAAAAAAGAAGUGAUUUUAAGUUUUUUUUUUGUAUAAUUUUUUUUUAAAAAAACUAAAAAAUUUAACAUUCCAAAAAAAAAAUUCAGACAUUCGGUACUUUUUGUAAACUUUUGCUCAAAUUGUUUUGUGUACAAAAUAAAAAAAAAAGUAUCAAAACUUUUUUUGUGUGUCUAAAAACGAAAAUAUUGUGAAAAACAAAGCUAGUCGUGUAGAGUGCAUAGAGCUGUGGAUAUAUAGCAAAGAGAGAAGUGUAGAAAAACGUAAUAAACAAGUGCUUUGUCCCAAUUUUCUAAUUUGAGAGAAGAAAAAUUUCGAUUUCAUUUUCAUCAUCAUCGCAAGACUGAAUUUUUACUUUUCUUUCAAACGAGAGUGAAAACUGUGUCGAUUAAUGGAACUGAGAAGUGACAUGAAAAGAUUAUUGCUUAAUUAUUGAAUUCUAAAAAAAGAGAAUCAAGUUUGUCUUCCGAAAGUCUAUAAGUCGGAUUUAAAAAAGGAAGCAAACGGUGGCAUUAAGAAACAAGUUUCACGAAUUUUAAUAUAUUUUCGUAGACAUCGUGCAUCAUCAAUUAGAAACGAAUAUUUUUUAUACAUUUAGUGAUAUAGACUUUAAAAAAUAACAAAAUAUAUAUUUAGAAUAAGAGUUGGAACAUUGUAGAAUGCUAAUAGAUAUGAAUGAAACAAAUGAGACAGACAAUUUCAGUGAUGGUCGAGAUCUUCCACUUAUAAAUGUUAAGGAUGUCCCUCAAAAAUCUGUGAUAGCUUUUAAUCAAAAUAGUAAUGUAGAUAAUAAUAAUAGCAUUAAUAGUAGUUACGAUUAUACUAUGGAUAUGAAAACAAAUGGAAAUAAUAAAAAUACCGAGGAGGAUCCGCUGACUGGUCAGCGAGAUUUCAUCUUAAACCUUCAAAAUGAACCCGAUCCAAAUUUAAGAUGGAGAAAUAAAUUUGCAUCAACAAAUUUCUUUAUGGUCGUGUUUCUGCUUGCGUAUAUCCUACAAGGCUGCUACUUUACGUACUUUGUCAGCGUGAUAACAACAAUUGAGAAAUUAUUUCAAGUAAAAUCAGCCAUAAUUGCGCUUCUGCUUAACUUUAGUGAAGUUGGACAAAUUGCGACGUCACUAUUCUUGACUUAUUUUGCUGGACGUGGACAUAGGCCUCGAUGGAUUGCAUGCGGAAUGCUCUUAUUUUCAAUUGCAGCAUUUGGAUCAGUUUUGCCACAUUUCAUAUUUGGCGAUCGUUUAUAUCAUCAAAAUGAAGUAAGCCUUAAUGUAGAGACAGCCACAAAACCCACGUGGGGCGAGAUCACGCCAGUAAAUAAGACAAACGAACAGAUUGCAUUGAAUUUAUGUUUGAAAGACAAUCCAUUUGAUUAUAAACCAGAUGCAUCAACUUGCAACGGAGACAAUAACGAACAGACAUUUAAUAAUAGUGUUACGUUAUACGUCUUGAUCAUAUUGGCUGUGAGUUUAUUAGGUAUUGGAAUUGGACAGACGGCAAUCGCAACCCUCGGUAUUCCUUAUAUUGAUGAUAAUGUGCAAUCGAAACAGUCGCCAUUAUACAUGGCAAUCACAAUAGGUGUAAGAAUUUUGGGACCAGCUUUAGGUUAUUAUUUAGGAUCAGUGUGCAUGCGAAUUUCAUAUGACUUUUCGACUGACAAGAUUCAUACAGAUCCUGGAUUUACUGGUGCUUGGUAUCUCGGUCUAUUGCUUGUUUCCACGAGCAUGUUCUUUGCUUCACUUGUUAUGUUUACAUUCCCGAGAACACUCCGCAAUAAAACUACGAAAGUGCAACCGAUCGAUGUGAAACCAAAUGCUGACGAUAGUAAGAAUGAGGAAACGACUGCUGUAGCUGAAACAAUACCGAAAUUUAAAGACUUUGGAAAGACAAUUAAGCGUCAAUUAAGAAAUGAUAUUUUGAUGUUUCGUACAGCAUCAGCUGUUCUUCAUUUACUUCCUAUAACUGGACUUUAUGUAUUCCUUCCUAAAUAUUUCGAAACUCAAUUCCAUUUGUCAGCUGCUGAUGCAAAUUGGAUUUCAGGAACUUUUGGAAUCUUAGUUAUGGGCGUUGGUAUUUUUGUGACUGGUGUCAUUUCCGUUAAAUUUCCAUUAUCAGCUAAGAAAGUUUCGCUGUGGAUUGCAUUUACAGCACUUGCCACUGCUUUAGGAUUAUUCACUUUAUCGACACUCGGAUGUGAAAUGGAUAAUUAUGCAGGCUUGAAAACAGGAUCGACUGGAUCGAUUACAAAUUCUUUAGAAUUUGUGCCACCUUGCAAUAAAUCUGCAUCCUGUGGAUGUGAUACUAACAUUUUUAAACCAAUUUGUGGAGCUGAUGGAAAAAAUUACUUCUCAGCUUGUCAUGCGGGCUGUUCCGAUUGGUCAAAGGAUAAUAGCUCGUCAAGAAUUUAUCACGAUUGUGCCUGUAUAGACGAUUUUGCUCAAAAAAGUGCAAUCGACGGCUUUUGCAAGACUGAAAGCUGUAGCACAAUCUUGAUAAUAUUCGUAACAGUCUUUGCACUCACUGUCUUCAUCCAUUCCACAUCUGAAGUAGGUGGAAUGCUAAUAAUCAUGAGAUGUACACAUCCAAAAGACAAGUCAAUGGCAAUGGGAAUUGUGCAAUUUUCCCUCGGUUUACUUAGCAACAUUCCUUGUCCUCACAUAUUCGGAAGAAUCAUUGAUGCAACAUGCAUUGUGUGGCAUAAAGUGUGCACCGAGAACAGUUAUUGUUCGUUCUACAAUGCUGAUACUUUUAGGAAGUACUUUUUCGGUGUUUCAUGCUUUAUCAUGCUAUUGGCAUUUGUUAUGGACAUGAUUGUGUUCUUUAAGUCUCAUCGAAUCGACAUUGAUCCUGAAGGAACUGAGCCAGAAGCUGAUACGUCAAAUGAGAUUCAAAGUGAGGGCGAAGAAAAUUUAAGAUUACGUAAAUUAACGCAUGAUAAUGAUGAUGAACAGCAUACCAAACUAGGAAUGUAAUAACUUUAUUAAUGAUAUGUCAAAAAUAAAACUUUUUGUUGUUAACUAUGUACUUUGGAACAUAAUAAUUUCAUGGAUUUUCUUUGAAAGUUUAAAAAUCAUCACUGAAGUUCUUUUGAUUUUUGAAAGAACAUUGACGAUUUUUGUCUUUUUUUUUUGUUGCAAAAUUGCCCUUAAAAUCAAAGAGAAAUCACACGCUUAGUAAGGAAAUCUAUGGUAUGGGACGAUGCAGGGUUUUUUUAGAAAGAUCAAAACUGCUUCAGAAUUAACGGUUUUUGAAGUUUUAAAAUUUAACGGUUUUCAAAUUUACAAACUCGUCAAAAUUUGAAUUUUUGAAAACAAUUACAAAUUUUAAAUUUUUGAAAGCCGUUAAAUUUUGCUAGAUUAUUUGAUUUUUUUGAAUAUGAAAAACAACGAAUUUUGAGAACUGAAAGAAAAUAAAAGAAAUAAAUGAAUGAAUUAAGCAUAAGAUAUGAAAAGUAAUUCCAAAGAGUGAAUGAUUGUGAUCGUUUUAUGAAUUCCUUCUUACAGUUAAUGCCCAACUUUGAACGAUUCUUAACAAAAUUAAAUCACAUUGUGAAUCUAUUGACAUAUUGAAUGUUAAAGACGUAAUCUCAUUGACUACAAUCUUAGAUUAAGUUUUUAGACUUUGUUUAAUGUUAUUCAUUAUG